GAGGGGCUCCGCAUCCGAUCGAGUCAACCACUCUUCCUCCAUACUACCAAGGCUAUCUUUCAUAUCUGUUUCGUAUUGUCUACACGGGCCAAGUGCUUGACUCUUUUGUGUUGGCGAUAGAGAUAAGACCAUGAAGGUAUUGCGGUUACAGUAACGGAAAGGCAUGGAGAGAACACGGGUUGCUAAGGUUGAUAAUGUGACCUUGGCGCGCCGUGGUGACCAGGUCAUUGGCAACCUUCACCUCACCCCUCACCACCUCAUCUUCUCCCACAUUCCCCGGGCAUCCGACACGACGGGCCAAGCCCCAGGACAAGCGCAAGGAACCCCCGUCAGACCACGAGAACUCUGGAUCACAUACCCGAUAAUAUCCCUGUGCACGCUACGUCCGACGCCCGCGGCCUCUCGUCAGCCGUCCUCGAUCCGUCUGCGGUGCCGCGAUUUCACCUUUGUUUGCUUCUACUUCGUCACCGAGAACAAGGCGCGCGAGGUAUACGAUACGAUCAAGCAGUGGACAUGUAGGGUCGGAAGGGUUGAUAAGCUGUAUGCGUUUGCUUAUCAGCCUCCUCUGCCGGAGAGGGAGUUUAACGGGUGGGAGUUAUAUGAUCCUAAGAAGGAAUGGGCAAGGCAGGGUGUGGAUGUAGAGGGGAAUGGGUGGCGCAUUUCGCAGAUAAAUGCGGAUUAUGGAUUCUCUCCAACCUAUCCUGCGCUUAUACCCGUGCCUACUGCUAUUUCGGAUAAUACGUUAAACUACGCAGGACGGUAUCGGUCGAGAGCGCGUGUGCCUAUACUGACGUAUCGACACCCGGUGAAUAACUGCUCGAUUACGAGGAGUUCGCAGCCGUUGGUUGGUGUGCGGCAGAACCGGAGUAUCCAGGAUGAGAAGUUAUUAGCGACUAUCUUUUCAACGUCGCGUACAGAGAGACCAUUGGCAAAUGUGCAAACACCUAAUUUGGAAUCAGAAUUUUCGAGCUUGAGCCAAGGCGAUGGGUUCGCUGGUCAGUCUGAUUCUGACUCUACGAAUGCCGAAGAACUCGAGGAUGAAAUGCUAGCAUCUCUUCGCGGGGAUCCAGAGGAGGGACGCCAGGUUUAUGGCGCUCAGCAGCAGAACCUGAUCGUUGAUGCUCGGCCGACGGUUAAUGCUUUUGCAAUGCAGGCUGUUGGUCUGGGUUCGGAGAACAUGGACAACUAUAAAUUCGCAGCCAAGGCGUACCUGGGAAUCGAUAACAUCCACGUCAUGCGAGAUUCGCUGAAUAAAGUGAUCGAUGCGCUGAAAGACUCAGACAUCGCCCCGUUGGGUCCUAAUAGAGACCUGCUUGUUCGGAGUGGAUGGUUGAAGCAUAUUGCCGGAAUUCUGGAUGGUGCUGGCUUGAUUGCUCGUCAGGUUGGUCUUAACCAUUCUCAUGUCCUGAUUCAUUGUUCGGAUGGCUGGGAUCGUACGAGCCAACUUAGUGCAUUGAGUCAAUUGUGUCUUGAUCCCUACUAUCGAACGCUGGAAGGAUUCAUGGUACUCGUCGAGAAAGACUGGCUCUCAUUUGGUCACAUGUUCCGUCAUCGCUCCGGUCUUUUGAACAGCGAGAAAUGGUUCCAGAUCGAGAACGAGAGGAUCGGAGGUGAUCCCAACCGAGAGGGUAGCGGUGCAGGAAAAGCCCUCGAGAACGCAUUUUUGAGUGCCAAGGGUUUCUUCAACCGGGAUAACACCAGCCGCGACUCCCUUCCCGAUUCCGAUGGCGAUACCCCAGCCAAUGAAUGCGAGACUCCUGGAAAGAGAGCCGGCUCUGUACCUCGAACCCCCAUGUCCGAGAAGGAGGUCACCAAGGUGAAGGAAACCAGUCCCGUGUUCCACCAGUUCCUCGACGCAACAUACCAACUGCUUCACCAAUACCCUACACGAUUCGAAUUCAACGAACGCUUUCUACGACGGUUACUUUACCACCUUUACUCCUGCCAAUUCGGCACAUUCCUUUUCAACAGCGAAAAGGAGCGCAUCGAGACAGGCGCUAAAGAACGAACACGCAGCGUCUGGGACUACUUCCUCGCCAGACGAGAACAAUUCCUCAACGCUCAGUACGAGCCCACCAUCGAUGACAACAAGCGCGGUAAGGAACGCCUGCUCUUCCCGCGUCUCAACGAAGUCCGUUGGUGGAACGAGGUGUUUGGUCGAGCUGACGCCGAGAUGAACGGACCUCGUCCGUCUGGUCCUGUCGUUGUCCCAGCUGCAGUCCAGGAGAGCAUUACACCACCUGCUCCUGGGUCGGGAACUCCUGUUGUUACGGGUAUUGAGACAGCCCACUCUUCCGUGGGCAGCGGUGUAUCUGGCCAGGGGACGCAGAAUGCAGCAUCGGCUGGGAUGGCAGCCGUGUCGGCGGGUAUUUCGAACUUGGCUUUUACGCCGAAGAAUAAAGAUAAUGAACAAGGGAGUGGGAAAAUGACGGAGAUGGAGGUAGAGAUGCAGUAGGGAUAUACGGAUUAUUUUGGAUGCAUGUAUAACGAAUGUAAACUUGCGAAUUGUUGAUAUGGAAGGUCUACGUGAUUAGUAAUAUUAAUGCCUGAUACGCCAGGCAUAUAUAGCCGACCAAAAACGGAAAAGCGCCCGCUCAUACAAGCGAGGGUUAACCCUCUCCGUCCCAAACAGGCAAUUCCAAAC